AUGGGCCGUCUUCAUGAGUACCAGGUGAUCGGGCGCCAUCUGCCCACGGAGGCCAACCCGACUCCUAACCUGUACCGCAUGCGCAUCUUCGCCCCGAACGAGGUCGUUGCCAAGUCCCGCUUCUGGUAUUUCCUCCGUGGUCUCCGCAAGGUCAAGAAGGCCACUGGUGAGAUCGUCAGCGUCAAUGAGAUUUCCGAGAAGCACCCCCUCAAGGUGAAGAACUUCGGCAUCUGGAUCCGCUACGACUCGCGGUCAGGCACGCACAACAUGUACAAGGAGUAUCGCGAGACCUCGAGGACCGCCGCUGUCGAGGCCCUGUACGCCGACAUGGCUGCCCGCCACCGUGCCCGCUUCAGGUCCAUCCACAUUCUGCGCGUCGUCGAGCUCGAGAAGACCGAGGAUAUUAGGCGCCCUUACAUCAAGCAGCUCGUCCAGAAGAACCUGUCUUUCCCUCUGCCCCACCGGGUUCCCAAGAUCAACACCAAGAAGAUCUUCAGUGCGACGCGCCCGUCCACUUUUGCUUGAGGGGUUUUCAUGGUUGCGGUUGGGGUUGGCAGGGUCUUCGGGUGUUCAUUAGGAAAAUGGGAUAUCCUGCAUUUGCUCCCUGGACGAGCAUGAAAUGAAUAAACGGUCAAGCACAGGGUUUGCGUUUGUUUUGUAUCCUCCACGACCUUCCAAGCUUUGAUGGAAGUCCGGUUGCUUGAAGACAUGCGCCAGAUACAACGCCGCCAGCGGCGGGGCUCUGAGUCGCGCUGAGGAUGAGAUAUUUAUUGUCUUGGCCCAGCC